GGGUGCCGCCUUCCCCCGCAAAACAAAAGGGAGCGGCAGCCGCGGCGGCGGCGAGAGCGGCUGGGAUCAGCUGGAAUCAGCCGGGAGGGACGGCGGGGGCUCCUUCCCCGCUGCGCGUGAUUCUCCGGUGAGCCGUGCCCUCCCCCCCUGCAGGCGCCAUGUCCCGCCGCAGCCAGCGCCUUGUCACCUCCCGCUAUUACCCCGGGGACGACGAUGCCACGACCAGCAGCAGCACCACCUCUCUGCUGGGUGGGACGCAGCUCCCCUUCAAGGAGACCACCGGCAGGACGAUCAGGAGGAAAUCGAGCAGCACAAAGCGCCUCUCUCCUGCCCCCAGCACCCAGACCUCCUACUACAGCGAGUCCAUGAUGAGCGAGUCCUACCUGGGGGGCAGUCGGGGCCUUGCUGCCCUGGGCAAUUCCAUGCUGGAUGAUGACCUGGACAGUGGCAUGUACUGGGGUGGGGAGCUCUCUACCAGGAGGAGAAGAGGCACAGGGGACACAGAAUCCAGUAAGAUCAACGGGCUGCUGGAGAGCAAGACGUACGACACCUAUGCCUCUUCAUCUGGAUACUCCUCCGAAGAUGACUACGCUGGUCAUUUUUACUCAGGCCAAAGUAGCUCUGGGUCAGGUCUGAGGACUGCAGCCUCCCGGGUGGGCUCCUUCCUCUGGCAGGUGUUCACCUCCCCAGUUCGGUUCAUGACAUGGCUGUUCUCAGGGCUGGUAGGUGCCUGGCACCGCCUCACGGGCACAGCUCCCCGCCUGGACAGCGUCCCCUUCUCCAGGCGCUACCCACGAGUGAAGAGGUUCCUGCUUCUGCUGCUGCUCCUCCUGCUCCUCACUGCUGCUGCCUACGGAGCUUGGUACUUCUACCCAUAUGGGCUAUCGACACUCAGCCUGCCUGCCUUCCCGUGGUGGGGAGCUGGGAAGUUUUCCUCCUCUGAUGUGCCUGGGGCAGGGGACCUGACCAUGCUGGACCAGGGAGGACACCGGCUCCUGGCUCGCUUCCAGUCCCUGGAGAAGCGCUUUGAGGCACUGGAGGCUGAGCUGUCACGGUGGCAGCUGCGUCGGGGGGCGGCAGCGGUGACAGCAGGAGGAGAACCACCCCCAGGGGACAUCCUGGUGCUGCUGGAGGGGCUGGUGAACCGCCGGGAUGCAGGGCUGAAGGAGCAUCUCCACGCCGACAUGACCAGCCACCUCCAGGGUGAGCUGGAUUCCUUCCGAGCCCAGGUGCAGAGGGAUUUAGAUGGGCGCCUGGGGAAGAUGGCACAAGCCUCUCAGGAGAUGGAGGCACACUUGCUGGAGCUGAACUCGGAGUGGCAGAGCUCAGCGCAGGAGAGCCUGCGAGGGACCUUCCAGCAGGAGGUGGGCAAGCUGGAACAGGAGGUGGCAGCGCUGAGGAGGGAGCUGGCAGGCCUCAAAUCAGACCAGGAGGUGAUGGGGAAGCAUGUGGAGGGGAUGCUGGAGCAGCUGAAGACGGUGCGGGCUGAUGUGGAAGCACAAUUCCCAGUAUGGAUCAGUCGGUUCCUGUCACGGUCCCGGCAGGAUGGUGCCACUGGCCUCAUCCUCCAGCGGGAAGACUUGCAAACGGAGCUCCAGGCUCUGGAGCGCAAGAUCCUUGCCAAAGUCUCAGAGGACCGGAGACUGUCAGCCCAGGAUGGUAGUGGAGUGGCCCUGCAGCACGGGGGGACUGCAGGGGUGACAGAGGAGCAAGUGCAUUUCAUCGUGGGCCAGGCCCUGAAGCGCUACAGCGAGGACCGCGUGGGGAUGGUUGACUAUGCCCUCGAGUCGGCAGGGGCCAGCGUCAUCAACACCCGCUGCUCGGAGACCUACGAGACACGGACAGCGCUGCUGAGCUUGUUUGGCAUCCCCCUGUGGUACCACUCACAGUCCCCUCGUGUCAUCCUGCAGCCAGACGUCAACCCUGGGAACUGCUGGGCAUUUCGUGGCUCCCAGGGCUUUGCUGUCAUCCGCCUCUCCAGCAUCAUCCGCCCCACAGCUGUGACAUUGGAGCACAUCCCAAAGGCCCUCUCACCCCAGGGGACCAUCCCCAGUGCCCCCAAGGACUUCACUGUUUAUGGCUUAAAGGAAGAAGGAGAGGAGGAGGGCCUUCUCCUUGGUCAAUUCACCUACAACCACGAUGGCGACCCCAUCCAAACAUUUUACUUAGAGGGUGACUCUGUGGGCACAUACCAGCUGGUGGAGCUCCGGGUGCUGAGCAACUGGGGCCACCCCGAAUACACCUGCAUUUACCGCUUCCGCGUGCACGGGGAGCCGGCGCACUGACCCCCGGCUCCCAAGCAGGAUGAGGAUGCUGCCAGGCUGACAGCAGGAGCGGAUUCGUCUGGUUCACUGCUUUGCACGUAGAAAUCCUGGGAUGUGCCAGCAGCUGCCCCAGGAAGCUGCUCCCCUGUGGGGAGGAGAAGAGCUGGUGUUUAAGGGGUGAGGCUUUCACUCUUCCAAGGACUGGGGUGGUAAGGCAAGAGCAUCCCAAACGGGUCCUAGCGCAGCCUGGCUUGUUUUCUGUGCAUAUCGGACUUUUUAACUUUGUUAAGCUAACUUUUUAUCGGGUCUGCGCUGCCCCUCGUCCCUGUCGCCCCGCUCCUUUCCGAUGGUGUGUCUAGCAUUGCCAGGACUUGGGAAAGGGGUGUGUAACUUUGCAAUGUGCUUCGUGCGGGCUUGGGUGCGAUACGGUGUAUGGGACUGUGGUGCCUGGCUCGGUUCUGCCAGAGUUCGUGGGAGGCACCAGUCCACACAGUGGGGUCCCUUCCACGCAGGGUCACUUCUCUUGCCUUGGUGUUGGGCUGGGUAAAGAUCUCCAACCCUCUGCUGCUGGGCUGGCAGAGAGGAAAUUAGACAGUAUUAAUGAAGUAUUAACAUAGAGCUAACGGUUUGGGGCAGCAGGAGGAAAGAAAUGUGGCACGUGUUGGUGGCAGAGCCCGUCCUGGUGCUGCCAUCCAUCUGCUCAAGCCCUCCUGCUGCCAGCGGCUGUGCUGGGUCUUGGGGUCUUGGUGGUGCUGUGGGCCUCCCAGGCUGGCUGCCUUCCCAGUGUUAAGCUUGAUGAUUCUAUCAAAAAUUCCUGUUGCCUGCUUCUCCUUUGGGGUUUGUUCCGGGUGGUUUGUUUU